UAAAUAGUUGUUCAAACACAAUCCAUUAUCAAAAACUCGAUGAAAUGGGAAUUGCAGAUGAAAACGACGAUGGUGGUAAAUCCGGUGACUCUAGAAAUGUGAAUGGAUGUACGAACGUAAUGAACGAAAAGGAAAUAAAAUCGGAAAGUGAUGAAACAAAUGACCCUGGAGAUGGUUAUCAAGAUGGAAUUAGAGAAUCGAACGGAUAUGAAAUCAGCAGAUCUGGGUGA